AAGAGGAGAAAGAGGAGAAGGAGGAAAGAAAAAAGUUUCACUCCCAGAUCAGAGAAGGGAAAGGGGAACAUCACGGUGUAGAAAGUCAUCCCCGGAAGGCAGAUCAAGCAGAGGGCCACUGGCAGAGGUGGAAGAGGACAGCAGUGGGCUCCCUUAAGGAAAGAAAGGAACGGCCGAUCUUCCAAGCAAAGGAGCCACCAAGCAAACUUUUUGCAGACUUUUUGGAGAAGAGGCAGAGCAGCUGGAAGGAGACGUCCAGUCUCCUCCUCUUCCAUCCUAAGCAUCCAAACUCAUGGCUUCGUAAAGAGAACAUUCCUUUGGGGGGUGGGGAGGGAUAUAUAUAUUAAAAGAAAGAAAGAAUAUUCCACCAGGCUUGAGGCUGCGUCUUUUGCACAAGCAAAAUAAUUAUCCCUGUUUUGUCUCGGUGGACGAUGGAUACUCACACAAGAUGGAAAAGGAGGACUUGGGUGAUGAGGUCCAUUCACCCUUGGAGUCUAGUAAUGUGUCUUCUCUAUUCAGUAGCCCAGAGCCACGCAGCUGAACCUGCAGAUCUCUUGAAGGUAUUAGAUUUUCACAACUUACCCGAUGGCAUAUCGAAAACAACAGGUUUCUGCACAAGCAGGAGGUCUUCGAAAGGUGCAGAUGUGGCAUACCGUGUGACCAAGGACGCACAGCUGAGUGCCCCCACCAGGCAGCUCUACCCUGCCUCUCCAUUCCCUGAAGACUUCUCGAUCCUAACCACUGUAAAAGCAAAGAAAGGGGGCCAGUCCUUCUUGGUGUCUAUCUACAAUGAGCAAGGCAUACAGCAGAUUGGUGUGGAGAUUGGGAGGUCUCCCGUAUUCCUAUACGAGGACCACACAGGGAAACCAGGCCCUGAGGACUACCCUCUCUUCCGGGGCAUCAACCUCUCAGAUGGCAAGUGGCAUCGGAUAGCUAUCAGUGUCCACAAGAAGAACGUUACCUUGAUAUUGGAUUGUAAAAAGAAGGUUACAAAGUUUUUGGACCGGAGUGACCAUCCCAUCAUCGAUGUCAAUGGCAUUAUUGUGUUUGGAACAAGGAUCUUGGAUGAAGAAGUAUUUGAGGGUGACAUCCAGCAGCUCUUUGUGGUAGCAGACCACCGAGCAGCCUACGACUAUUGUGAGCACUACAGCCCGGAUUGUGACACAGCUGUCCCAGAUGCGCCGCAGUCCCAGGACCCCAACCCUGAUGAAUACUACCCAGAUGGAGAUGGGAACCUCGAAGUGGAAGGAGAAACUUACUACUACGAAUAUCCCUACUAUGAGGACACAGACGACACAGGCAAAGUGGUACCACCUACAACCCCAACUACAGAUACAGAAGAAGUGGCACGGGAAAGGGCUGAAACCACUGAGGAACUUGCCCCCCCAUCUACAGCAUCCCCACCCAUUGUGGAGAGAACUCAAGAGGAGACCACGGUGAAAGAAAGGGUAGAGGAUCCACUGGUGGAUGAAUAUAAUUAUGGAACCAUAACUGAUGAAUAUUACACUCCACUCCCUUAUGAAGAUAUCAGCUAUGAUGACCUUGACUCUUUGGAUAAGCUCCCAGAGGGCGGCGUCGAGGUGGAAGUCCCCACCAGCACAGUGAUCACCCUCAACGGAACCAAUGAUGCAGAACGAGGGAGUGAAGGAGAAGACCCCAACAAGGACUUCACGGAGGAGACCCUCACAGAGUAUGAAGAUGGGUACUAUUACGGCAACUAUGACCGGACAGACUCUCCAGACAUUGGACCCGGCAUGCCUGCUAACCAGGACACGAUUUAUGAAGGGAUUGGUGGGCCACGAGGUGAAAAGGGACAGAAAGGGGAGCCAGCCAUAAUUGAACCGGGGAUGCUCAUUGAGGGCCCAUCUGGGCCAGAAGGACCAGCGGGUCUUCCAGGUCCUCCAGGUACAACUGGUCCAAUGGGUCAAGUCGGAGAUCCUGGCGAAAGGGGGCCUCCUGGACGAGCAGGCCUACCUGGGGCAGAUGGUUUGCCAGGACCUCCUGGGACUAUGUUGAUGCUGCCGUUUCGGUUCAGCGGGGGAGGUGAUGGCGGCUCGAAAGGCCCCAUGGUGUCUGCUCAAGAGUCCCAGGCACAAGCCAUCCUCCAACAAGCCAGGUUGGCGCUGAGAGGACCAGCUGGCCCAAUGGGUCUUACUGGAAGGCCAGGCCCCAUGGGACCCCCAGGCAGUGGAGGCAUAAAGGGUGAAUCAGGAGACAUGGGACCACAGGGACCACGAGGUGUACAAGGACCCCCAGGCCCAUCGGGGAAACCAGGACGACGAGGACGUGCUGGAAGCGACGGUGCUCGAGGGAUGCCUGGCCAGACUGGACCAAAGGGUGACCGAGGUUUUGAUGGUCUGGCUGGAUUGCCAGGGGAGAAAGGCCACAGGGGUGAACCAGGCCCUUCAGGACCCCCAGGAGCCCCUGGAGAAGAUGGCGAGAGGGGCGACGAUGGUGAAGUUGGACCCAGAGGUCUCCCUGGCGAACCUGGACCCCGUGGUUUGCUGGGACCCAAGGGACCUCCGGGACCCCCAGGACCUCCAGGCAUAGCUGGCAUGGAUGGGCAGACAGGUCCCAAGGGGAGUGUGGGUCCUCAAGGUGAGCCGGGACCCCCAGGUCAACAAGGAACUCCAGGUGCUCAGGGUCUUCCUGGUCCUCAAGGUGCAAUCGGUCCACCCGGAGACAAAGGUCCACUGGGGAAACCUGGACUUCCCGGUAUGCCUGGAGCAGACGGUCCCCCGGGUCACCCUGGCAAGGAAGGUCCACCUGGUGAGAAGGGAAGUCAGGGUCCAGCUGGCCCUCAGGGCCCAAUUGGAUAUCCUGGCCCUCGUGGUGUAAAGGGAGCUGACGGCAUCCGUGGCUUGAAAGGAACCAAGGGCGAGAAGGGUGAAGAUGGCUUCCCAGGUUUCAAGGGCGACAUGGGCAUCAAAGGAGACAGGGGGGAAAUCGGGCCCCCAGGUCCACGAGGCGAAGAUGGCCCUGAAGGGCCAAAGGGUCGCGGAGGCCCCAAUGGUGACCCUGGUCCUCUGGGCCCUGCUGGAGAAAAAGGCAAGCUUGGCGUUCCUGGGUUACCGGGAUACCCUGGGAGACUUGGCCCCAAGGGCUCCAUUGGAUUUCCAGGGUUUCCAGGAGCAAAUGGUGAGAAAGGAGGAAGGGGUACUCCUGGUAAACCUGGACCAAGAGGACAGCGGGGGCCAACGGGUCCCAGAGGAGAACGUGGUCAGAGAGGCAUCACCGGAAAACCAGGACCCAAGGGCAACUCUGGCGGUGAUGGGCCCCCUGGUCCUCCAGGCGAAAGGGGUCCUCCAGGUCCCCAAGGACCUACUGGCUUUCCUGGACCCAAAGGCCCUCCAGGUCCACCAGGAAAGGAUGGGUUGCCAGGACAUCCUGGGCAGAGAGGUGAAACUGGUUUCCAAGGCAAGACAGGUCCCCCUGGGCCUCCAGGAGUUGUCGGUCCUCAGGGUCCUACAGGGGAAACUGGUCCAAUGGGUGAGCGUGGCCACCCAGGGCCCCCUGGACCUCCAGGUGAACAAGGACUUCCUGGGUUAGCCGGAAAGGAAGGAACAAAGGGUGACCCGGGUCCCGCUGGCCUUCCUGGAAAAGAUGGUCCAUCUGGUCUGAGAGGAUUCCCAGGAGAUAGGGGUCUUCCUGGCCCAAUCGGACCUGUGGGAUUGAAGGGCAAUGAAGGACCUCCUGGACCCCCAGGCCCAGCAGGCUCUCCUGGUGAGCGAGGUCCUGCUGGCUCAGCCGGCCCCAUCGGUCUGCCAGGGCGGCCUGGACCACAAGGGCCACCGGGCCCUGCUGGUGAGAAAGGGACCCCGGGUGAAAAAGGUCCUCAAGGACCAGCUGGUCGUGAUGGUAUCCAAGGUCCAGUUGGGCUACCUGGCCCAGCAGGACCUGUUGGACCACCAGGGGAAGAUGGAGACAAGGGUGAAAUUGGUGAACCAGGACAGAAGGGAAGUAAAGGUGACAAAGGGGAACAGGGUCCACCAGGCCCUACUGGUCCACAGGGUCCAAUUGGUCAACCAGGUCCAGCUGGAGCUGAUGGUGAGCCUGGCCCUCGAGGACAGCAGGGUCUCUUUGGUCAGAAAGGGGACGAAGGACCAAGAGGAUUCCCUGGCCCUCCAGGACCUGUGGGGUUGCAGGGCUUACCAGGACCUCCUGGUGAGAAGGGCGAAACAGGCGAUGUUGGCCAAAUGGGUCCUCCAGGGCCUCCAGGGCCGAGGGGUCCAUCUGGGGCACCAGGAGCUGAUGGGCCUCAAGGUCCACCAGGUGGGAUUGGAAAUCCUGGCUCUGUCGGCGAGAAGGGUGAACCUGGAGAAUCUGGAGAACCUGGCUUGCCUGGAGAUGGUGGACCCCCGGGUCCUAAAGGCGAGAGAGGGGAAAAGGGAGAAUCGGGCCCCUCAGGUGCUGCUGGCCCCGCAGGACCCAAAGGCCCCCCGGGUGAUGAUGGACCCAAAGGUAGCCCUGGUCCGGUUGGUUUUCCUGGUGAUCCGGGACCUCCAGGCGAACCUGGCCCAGCCGGCCAAGAUGGUCCACCAGGUGAUAAAGGAGAUGAUGGAGAACCCGGUCAGACUGGCUCUCCUGGUCCAACUGGAGAACCAGGUCCUUCAGGUCCACCAGGGAAAAGGGGCCCACCUGGGCCAGCAGGUCCUGAAGGCCGACAAGGAGAGAAAGGUGCCAAGGGUGAAUCAGGCUUGGAAGGACCUCCUGGGAAAACAGGGCCUGUUGGCCCUCAGGGACCACCAGGAAAGCCUGGUCCAGAUGGACUUCGAGGGAUCCCCGGCCCAGUGGGUGAGCAAGGACUUCCUGGUGCUCCAGGCCCAGACGGACCUCCAGGACCACUGGGACCGCCUGGUUUACCUGGCUUGAAAGGAGAUUCUGGUCCAAAGGGAGAAAAGGGUCAUCCAGGUCUGAUUGGUCUGAUUGGGCCCCCUGGAGAGCAAGGUGAAAAGGGAGACCGAGGCCUUCCGGGCCCUCAAGGAGGAUCGGGGCCUAAAGGAGAACAGGGUAUUCCAGGUCCGUCUGGUCCAAUUGGGCCUCCUGGUCCUCCAGGGUUACCGGGUCCCCCUGGUCCAAAAGGUGCUAAAGGAUCAUCGGGUCCAACAGGUCCAAAAGGGGAAACGGGUCACCCUGGGCCACCAGGGCCUCCUGGUCCUCCAGGGGAAGUGAUCCAACCACUUCCCAUCCAGUCCUCCAAGAGGACCCGGCGGAACAUUGAUGCCAGCCAGUUGGUCAACGAAGGCAAUGCUGACAACUACAUGGACUACGCCGACGGCAUGGAGGAGAUCUUUGGCUCCUUGAACUCUCUGAAACUGGAAAUUGAGCAGAUGAAGCACCCGCUGGGCACUCAGCACAACCCGGCUCGCACCUGCAAAGAUCUGCAACUCUGUCAUCCGGAUUUCCCAGACGGUGAAUACUGGGUAGAUCCUAAUCAAGGUUGUUCCAGGGAUUCCUUCAAAGUUUACUGUAAUUUCACCGCUGGUGGGGAGACCUGCAUCUUCCCAGAUAAGAAGUCAGAAGGGGCCAGGAUUACCACAUGGCCCAAGGAAAACCCAGGCUCCUGGUUCAGUGAAUUCAAGCGUGGUAAACUGCUCUCCUAUGUCGAUUCCGAUGGCAACCCCAUUGGCGUGGUACAGAUGACCUUCCUGAGGCUCCUGAGUGCUUCCGCCCACCAGAACCUCACCUACAAUUGCUUCCAGUCCGUGGCCUGGCACGACGCCACAGCUGGCAACUAUGACAAGGCCAUCCGCUUCCUGGGCUCCAAUGACGAGGAGAUGUCCUAUGACAACAACCCCUUCAUCAGGGCUGUCUUGGACGGCUGUGCAGCAAAGAAAGGCUACCAGAAGACGGUCUUGGAAAUCAACACCCCCAAAGUGGAGCAGGUCCCCAUUGUUGACAUCAUGUUCAACGACUUUGGAGAAGCAUCGCAGAAGUUUGGGUUCGAGGUGGGACCAGCUUGCUUCAUGGGCUAAGGGACCACUCAGAAAACUAGUUUUCCAAAAUGAGCAACCUCGUAACCUCAUCGCGCCUUCGGUUCCAUUUUUGUGUCAUCGUCACAUGCACGUUCUAAAACUGGACAGUUUGAUGGGAUUGCUAUCUAUUUGGGUUUUUCUUUCCUCCCCCCGCUUCUAUUUUGCCUGCGCUCCAACUCUGCCACCGGAUCACCCUUCCCAAAUCAUUUUUAAGCCCCAGUCAAAGACAGGAUCAUCAUUCCCACUGCAGACUCCAGAAUCACAUGACCUAAGGACAUCCACUAUCAGCAAAGGCCAUCUCUC